UACACCAGAACGUAUAAUGUUUUUCUUUUGGACACAUACUGUUUUCUUUCACGAGGAGAUCCAUACCUUGAGAUCUCUGUUUUUAGUGCUGUUGCUUUGGAAUAAAUUGCAUGCUAAAGAAGAUGAUGGAUCCAAAUACUCGCAUUGGUCCCCAUGGAGCUGCUGUUACGAACAUGAUUUAUAUAGGGCCAGGGACUGCUUGAUAAGCUGCAAAGACGCAAAAAUCUUCGAUAGAAAACCCUGUGAAAUACUACACUGUGGGGAUCUAGAUUUGAUAUCUACUGAAGCAGAACCAAAUACAACAGCCUCAAGUGAAACUCCUUCUACAUCCACUGAACUUGAACUUACUUCUGCAAAGAACCUCUACUACACAAGUGAUCACAAAAGAAGACAUAACCGUCAUGAUGUUGGCACUGUAGAAUUUGUAUCACCAUCUAGAUUUGGUGUUGGGAUGAUAACGACAUUGUGUGUAUCCCUGUUGGUGAUUGCUAAUUUUGUCUUCACACUGUUCUUCUACCGCGCUUGGAAGAAAAAACAAAAAAUACGCCGGAGACAAAGUGAUAUUGAGCAAAGACCCUACAAUGUACUGGAGAAGUUGAGCAAAUCAAGGAAAGAAUACUCCAACACUAUACCGGAAAAGAUGUCCAAAGGGUCAAAAGAGGACAUAUACUCUAACAUCAGAGAAUCCAUUUCGUCGUUUUCCACUGGUCGGUCAUGCACCUACACGACAAUCAAUUCUAAAGACAGGAACACGUACAUAAGCUCGGAUUUCUCUGGCGAUUCUGUGCCACCAGUCAGAGGUGGGAACAGAGACAAUCUGAAGACCCUCACAACAUUAUUCCAGUUACAUUCCCCUGAGGUUACUCGGACCAUUUCGGAACUGAAGACAAUAAACGUUGUUAGUGAGAGAUGAAUCUCUCAUUUAACUGUUUUAUCAUCAUUUUUGAUUACAUGUAUAUAUAAAUUGUGCAUGCAGGACAUCAAAACUCAAUAUCUUCGAGAUAUACUGUGGAAAUGUCGAAUGUGUGUUAUUUUAAGGCAAUUUAUUUUACAUCACAUAGAAUUUGUUCUAAGUUAUCAA